UGUGAAGUGACUCCCCUGCAGGUGGGGAGCCGGGAGCUCCAACCGGGAUCCUUAAGUCGGUUGUGCUUGGCGCCACCUGCAUUGAACCCACUGCGCUAAUGCCCGGUCCUCCUCUGUCCCCUUUCUUUCUCUGGGCUACAGACCUCCCCUCUCUUUUUAUUAAUUUAUUGGAGACAGAAAUUAAGAGGGAAGGGGGGGACAAACAGGGUUAGGGAGAGACACCUGCAGACCUGCUUGUGAAUCUUACCCUGCAAGUGGGGACUGGGAGCUUGAACCCCAGUCCUUGCACAGUAUAACAUUCGUGCUUGACUGGGUGUGCCACAGCCUGGCCCUGCUGCAGACCCUCUCCACUCCUUCUUGUUCCCCUCCUUCAACAGAGGCAGCUGUGAUGGGUGCCGGUGGCCCCCAGCGGGGAGCGGGUCCCCCAGACGGCGGCUGGGGCUGGGCGGUGCUGGGUGCCUGCUUCGUCAUCACGGGAUUCGCCUACGGCUUCCCUAAAGCCGUGAGCGUCUUCUUCCGCGAGCUCAUGCGCGACUUCGGUGCUGGUUACAGCGAUACCGCCUGGGUGUCCUCCAUCAUGCUCGCCAUGCUCUAUGGCACAGGCCCGGUGUCCAGCAUGCUCGUGACCCGCUUUGGCUGUCGGCCUGUGAUGCUGGUGGGCGGGCUGCUGGCCUCUGCGGGCAUGGUCCUGGCCUCCUUCGCCACGCGCCUCCUGGAGCUCUACCUGACGGCCGGGGUGCUCACAGGCCUGGGCCUGGCCCUCAAUUUCCAGCCGUCGCUCAUCAUGCUGGGGCUGUACUUCGAGCGGCGCCGGCCCCUGGCCAACGGGCUGGCGGCGGCGGGCAGCCCGGUGUUCCUGUCGGCGCUGUCGCCGCUCGGCCAGCAGCUGCUGGAGCACUUCGGCUGGCGCGGCGGCUUCCUGCUGCUCGGCGGCCUCCUGCUGCACUGCUGCGCGUGCGGCGCCGUUAUGCGGCCGCCCCCGGGGCCCGGGCGGCGCGGCGGGGAGGCGGCUCCGCACACCGCGCCCCCUGGCGGCCGCCCCCGCCGGCGCCUGCUGGACGUGCGCGUGUGCGCGCAGCGCGCCUUCGCCGUGUACGCCGUCACCAAGUUCCUGAUGGCCCUCGGGCUCUUCGUGCCCGCCAUCCUGCUGGUCAACUACGCCAAGGACGCGGGCGUGCCGGACGCCGACGCCGCCUUCCUGCUGUCCGUCGUGGGCUUCGUGGACAUCGUGGCGCGGCCGGCGUGCGGCGCCCUGGCGGGCCUGCGGCUCCUGCGCCCGCGCGUCGCCUACCUCUUCAGCCUGGCGCUGCUGGCCAACGGGCUCACCGACCUGAGCAGCGCACACGCGCGCACCUACGGCGCCCUGGUGGCCUUCUGCGUGGCCUUCGGCCUCUCCUACGGCAUGGUGGGCGCGCUGCAGUUCGAGGUGCUCAUGGCGGCCGUGGGCGCGCAGCGCUUCCCCAGCGCGCUCGGCCUGGUGCUGCUCGUCGAGGCCGUGGCUGUGCUCAUCGGACCGCCCACGGCCGGCCGCCUGGUGGACUCACUGAAGAACUAUGAGAUCAUCUUCUACCUGGCCGGCUCCGAGGUUGCCCUGGCUGGGAUCUUCAUGGCUGUCGCCAUCCACUGCUGCCUGCGCCGCUCUCAGGACCCCCCACCCAGCCCGGGCUCAGAGGGCAAAGCCAGUGGCACUGAGAAUGCUGACGUAGCAGGGGAAGCCGGGCCCCUGCCCGCCCGUGUGGGGCAGCACGGCAGCCUGGAGACCCUGCAGGUGCUGAGCCUGGGGGCCGGGGCCGGGGAGCCUGGCGUGGAGGCAGAGUCAGGGCCGGCCACCGAGUCUGUAUAGUUCGGGCGCUCCUCAGAGCCCCAGCUGAUUGAUUCCUCCAGUGUCUGGGGGCCUCUUACACAUACUCCCAGCUGGCCACCCAGGCCCAGCCCACUCCACAAAGCUGCUCUUUGGUCUGGGCCUGUGUGAGAUUCUCCUGAGACUCAGCUCCAGCCGUCUAGGAAGGAGUCAGCCCCUCAGAGAAUGGGGUCCCAGCUCUGCUCACGCUGCAGCCUGAGAGAAAAUGUCUGCAACGGGGAAGAGCACACCAGCAGCGGAGGCUCCCUGACCCUCUCCCAGCCCAGCUCUGGGGCUCCUCCCUUAGCUCUCUCCCUCAGACAAACAUCCUGAGGCCUCACCUGGACAGUAGGUACCUAGGGACAUCACCGUGAUUAUCACCCACUGAGCCUACCCUCUGCCCCCCAGCUAGGGCCCCAGGAGAAACUUCCCCUUUGUACUGAUUCAAGUGCGAGGACCCUCACCCAGCCAGGAAAAUCCAGCUAUCUAUCCCCACUGUGUAUUCGUUCUCUUCUUCAAAUUUGACUUUUUUUUUUGUCAACUUUCUACAAACCCAAAGCUAGAAGAGGGGGAGACGGCCCCACGGAGCAGCCCCCUCCCCAUCCGUGUCAUCCCCUUUGGGCCCCAGAGGAAGUGGGAGUGUGUAGCAAGUGCCUGCCCACUGUACUGUCUGCAUCCCCUGGAGACCCCACUAAGAGCAACUACAUUUUAACAAACACCUGUAGCUGCCAUUCCAAGCUCUGUAGUGUGAUCUCUAGUCCCGACAACUCAGUGAGGGGGGGACAGUUACCAGCCUUGCUUAGGGAGCCUGAGGGUCACUGCAGCUGCAGCUGUGACUGGGGCCCAGCAGUCAGUCCCCGUCUGUCCCUUGGCCCCUUUGCUGGCAGCCCCUCAGAGAGGUGGUGUGGCCUGGCAGCUAGGAAACCCAUGAGGACUCCUGUGGACCGCCUGUGCCUCCCUCUAUGCUCCUAGUCCUGCCUUAAAGUCUGGAGUUGGGGAAACAGCAUGAUUAUGCAAAAAGACUUCCAUGCCUGGGGCUCCCAGGUCCCAGGUUCAAACCUUACCACCACCAUAAACCAGAGCUGAGCAGUGCUCUGGUUUUUAAAAAUUGGGGUUUUUGUCCAGGACCAACCUAAAUCUUCACACAAAAACCCGCUGCCCAAUCCCGCAGUCAGUGCAUUCCUCACAUCCUCUCCUGUUCUCAGGAUGAGCACGUGAUUCACCCACUGAGUGAGAAGGGACACCGGGCGGGAACCACUGUCCUGGAGCAUGUGUCCCGGGCUGCCCUCCUUGCAGAGGCAGAGUCCCAGCACUCUGUGCCAUUGCUUCCACCCUGGCUGGCUGCGGCAGCUCUCCCUUGAGGUCUCAGGCCCUCCUGCCCCAGAGUCUGUCCUGUCCAUGGCUAAAUAAAGGCUUCUUUCUGUGUGUG